GCCGCGCGGAGAUACUUUCCAUAGGGAUCCCCAAUCGCUAACCGACUCGUGUUCACAAAAAAAAAAACCCAAAAGGGCAAAGAGAUUAUUAACCUAAAGAAACUGAAUUGUAACCAAAGUUUUUUAUUACUGUGCCAAGCUAAUGCCAAAACUUUAAAACUAAAAAAGAAAAACAUUCCUGGCGAAAGGUCAAUUAACUAAAGCGUGCAGUCAAUAAAAUUCCAGUUAACCAAACGAAACAAGCCAGCCAAAGUGAAAAGAAUGGGGCUGAAGUUCUAAAAGAACUUGGAAACCUACCGAAAAAAGUCAAAUAAGAAGAAACAAGUUUUAAAUUGCACUGGACUGGCAACUUCCGCUUCCGUUGAGUGCUUCAAUUUCAGUUUAAUGUUAACUCCGACAAAACCCAAAUUGACAAGAACAACCGAGCCAAAAAUAAAGUGAAGGCAACCAACAAAAACAAGAAAAAAAGAAAAAAGGAAAAGGUACUGAAACACGAGGUCCUUGGUGAAAGGGGGCGUGGCAGUAGCAGUUUUUGUCGCCGCCCAUCGACUGCAAUCGAAACAAAGGGAUUCUCGGAGAUACGACGAGAUAAACUGCAUAAAUCAACGCCACUGCCAAAGCCAAGAGCAACAAUAACUGGAAGCAAUUAAUUUUAUUCAAACAGGAGUAACAAUAAGGACGACGACAAAAAAUGGAUUACGGCUGGCUGAUGUUUCUGUUCAUCGCACUUUUAAUUGACUACCCCAUUGCGUCCGCUCUUUUUGUGACGGAUAUUAGAGUGCCCGAGAUUGUGGACUUUCGGGACAAUGUGACCUUAUCAUGCAGCUAUGAUAUGCGAGGUCAUACGCUGAAUUCGGUCAAGUGGUACAAAGAUCACGAGGAGUUCUUUAGGAUAUUCCCCCUGACGAGUCCCAUUUACAUGACUUUUGGAGUUCCUGGACUACAAGUCCUGGAAGGAAAGUACCUGUGUAACGAAUCGAGUUGCAGGUUGGACCUGAGUUUACAGGGAGCCAAGUCCACAGGACUCUACAAGUGCGAAGUGAGCGGCGAUGCUCCUCAUUUUAAACUGGCGGAUAAGGCGGACAACAUGACGGUGGCAGCUUUGCCCCAAAUCGAUCCGCUUAUCGAAAGCUUCAACUCGAUGUACCGAAUGGAGGAGUUUCUCAGUGCCACGUGUUCCUCGGAUUAUUCCAGUCUGCCCACACGGCUCACCUGGUUCAUCAAUGGCGAACAGCCACUGAUGGGUGAACUGCACCCCACCACCGACACCAGCAUAGCGGCCCACGAUUAUGUCCUGCGGCGGCAACGACUUCAGGUGCACUUCUAUCUGCAAGGACAGCGCUUCUAUCAGUCCGGGAAAAUCCUGGAGCUCAAGUGCGUUGCGGAAAUUGAAAACUAUCCGGAGCUGAGGCGCGAAAAGACGCUCAGUGCGUCGCUUUCACAGUUCGACAAUUUCAACAAUCAAAUGCCGCUGAGACAUGCAAAUGCUAACUCUGGAGCGGCACAAAGGAGGAGCCUUGGUGACAGGACAUCACUAAUUUCCGCCAUCCUGGCGGCAAUUCUGCUAAUCCACUGUUUGCGGCGCCCAUCAUGAACACUCACAUCUAUCAGGGAAUUGCAGUUGAAGGAUGAACUAAAAUCUUCGGGGUCGCAAUGGAAAACGUCUCUUGUGGCAACUUGGUCAACUAUAUCAUCACGUUAGUUAGUCAGUCAGUUAGUCACCUAGUUAGUUAGUUAGGAUAACAGACAAAGGUAAGACCGCGAACUAGUGAAUAGGAACAGCUUUUGGGUUGAUAUAUGUAAAUACAAAUUAAGGAAGUAAGGAUAAAAGUGUUGAAGGUUAUAAAUGCUCAAGGAACAAAAAACAAAUAUCCUGUUGCUUUAAAUAAGUUAAGUAUGUUUUCCAUCUAAUUUCGUAUUAAAAAUACUUAUAUGAACAGAGUUCAAUACAAAUAUUUAUACAAAUAAUUGUUUCGUGAAAGUGUUUAUGAUGAUGUUUCAAAGCUUUUGCUUUUAAACUAGUUUUUUUUUGUUGGAUUGUAUGAAUCGAGAGCUCAAUUAUUUAUGAAUAAUGUUUUUUAGGUAACAAUACAUAAAAAACUGUUUUCCAUAGUUUCAUUGCGAGUGCUCUGUUUGACAAUGUCAAUAUAACUUUUGAAAUUCAGCUUGUUAACACGACUUUUGGAGUGAAAAACACGAUUUUCUCUUUAGUGAAAGUCAUGUUAUUCUUGUAAAUGAAUAUUUUCCUGUCGGUUAGUUUAACAAGCAUAACGAACAAAAUAUAACUGAAAAUUAAAUCGAUCAAAAACUGCCAGAAAAAAUUGAUUUACCUGCCUGACACUGAUACUAGCCAAAAUAAGUCACUCUCCGGCAAACCAAACGAAUUUCCAAUAUAUGUAUAUAAGCGUAAUUUUUUCGAUUGUUGUUCGGCAAUUGAUUCUCAUUCGUAUUGCACAUGGAACCUUUUUCGAGCAAAUAUAUCCGCGCACAUCCCAUGCCAAGGGUAAAGUAUGAAAAACAAAAAAUACAUAUGAAACACAAUAAAAAAUAAGUGAACACAUAAACACAGAUAUAACAUGAGAUUUUAUCAGUGGAAACCCAGAAUGCAGAUGCUGUAAAAAUCACUAUAAUUAAGUCUAGCAUAAAUACGUUGUAAAUACAAUUUUAAACAUUAAAAACAGAGAGGACAAACAACUAUAAAUCAUGUCACUAAGCCAGACUCAGCCAAAUACGUAUGUAUAUAAAGCUAUUCGCUAUAUAUCUCAGCAUGUAUUUACUAAGGCCGACAUAAAAAGCUAACAGCACAACUACAUAGCUGGUGAAACUAAACAAAAACACAGUAAACAUUUCAUUUAGCUGAGCAACUACAAAUAGACACUAAUCAUUAUUCGCUGGGUCAAAGCCCUCUAAAAAAAAUGAUCUGAAAACAGACGGCCCACUAAAUAAAAAAAAACACAUAAAACAUAUUGUACCACGGUAUAAUACUGAAUAAAAGCCAGGACAUCUCUGAAAUCAUUUUUUGUUAAUAAGUAUAUCCAAUUAAAAUAAAACUCAGAGUGUGUGGUGAAAAAACAUGCCGAACAAAAAAUAUAAAUGUAUAAAUUAAUUUACCUACUCAUUCGCACAUCUUUCGGUUGUAAAGAAUACAAAAAACACACACGAGAAAAUAAAAAUAAACAAGAGCAAAUAAUGAUAAUGUAUAUAAAAGCAUUUACUUUAGUUUUUCAUUUUGGCCAAUAGCCAUUAUAUUGUGUAAAAUAUUUCAAAAGGCGA